GAUUGUCACUGAUCAUAUGACAAUUUAGUUGGGUGAGGUGCGUUGAAAAAUACAAUUUUUUCUUAAAAAGACUCGAAAAUGAAGGGCUGCUUGUUCAACAUCGACGCCGGUUACUUGGAGGGAUUAUGUCGGGGCUUCAAGUGCGGUAUUUUGAAACAAUCUGAUUAUCUGAAUUUGGUUCAGUGUGAAACCCUAGAAGAUCUUAAACUCCACUUGCAAGGAACGGAUUACGGGUCUUUUCUUGCCAACGAACCUUCCCCUUUGGCCGUUUCGACGAUUGAUAAUAAGUUAAGGGAGAAGUUGGUGAUUGAGUUCCAACAUAUGAGGAAUCAGGCGGUUGAACCCCUGUCGACGUUUUUGGAUUUUAUUACGUACAGUUACAUGAUUGACAAUAUUAUUUUGUUGAUUACGGGGACGUUGCAUCAGCGUCCCAUUGGAGAGUUGAUUCCGAAAUGCCACCCUUUGGGUAGUUUUGAGCAGAUGGAAGCUAUUCAUGUGGCGUCUACACCCGCGGAGUUGUACAAUGCUGUACUAGUGGACACUCCUCUGGCCCCCUUUUUUGUUGAUUGUAUCAGCGAGCAGGAUUUAGAUGAGAUGAAUAUUGAGAUUAUUCGUAAUACUUUGUAUAAGGCGUAUUUGGAGGCGUUUUACGACUUUUGUAAGGAAAUCGGAGGGACUACAGCCGAUUGCAUGUGCGAAAUUUUGGCGUUUGAGGCUGAUCGUCGUGCUAUUAUAAUCACAAUAAAUUCGUUUGGCACCGAAUUGAGUAAAGAUGAUCGUGCGAAAUUGUAUCCACGAUGUGGUAAGCUCAAUCCUGAUGGAUUGGCAGCACUGGUACGUGCUGAGGAUUAUGAUCAGGUCAAAGCCGUGGCCGAGUAUUAUGCCGAGUAUUCGAAACUUUUUGAAGGGGCUGGAAGUAAUCCCGGGGAUAAAACUUUGGAGGAUAAGUUUUUCGAACAUGAGGUCCGUUUGAAUGUCCAUGCGUUCUUACAACAGUUUCAUUUUGGAGUGUUUUACUCGUAUUUGAAAUUGAAAGAGCAGGAAUGUCGUAAUAUCGUGUGGAUCGCUGAAUGUGUGGCGCAAAAACAUCGAGCCAAAAUUGAUAAUUACAUACCGAUCUUUUAAAUCAUAACUUCAUCAUUCCGUAUUGCACGAGUAGCGAAAAAUUUGAUGUUUUUAUGUGGAUGCCUCAUUCCUACGACAUACAUAAUAAGGUAGAAAAAACAAGUAUCAAAUGUAAAUAAUAAAUGUAUUAUAAAGUAAUUAUUGUUCAACUAGUUUUUGUGUGUUAUAAAAAUAAAUACAGUUAAAAUAAUUAA